GGCCGACAGGGAACUGGCAGAGCCCGCGCGGGGGCGGGGGUUCGGGCUCCCGCUGCAGCCUGUCUGCCCCCGCGCGUGUCCGCAGCACGCCCUCAGUCGAGGCGCGCCCCGGGGCUCUCCCGUCGGUACUGCUUGCAGCCUCCUGCCAACUCCCGGCAGGCGGUUCGCACCGCAGAUGAUGUGGCCUUGAACGGCUCCGGCAGCCCGAGGUGAAGGGCUGGGCACCAGAGAUCCGCGAGACCUCGGCGCCGCCUUUCCGCCGCUCGACAGGCCCGGAGGGUGCCCGAGGCGACGCAGGGCCCACCCCGCGGCAGGGUUUCCUUAAUAGAAGACUAGGAAAAAUGAUUGAUAUUAAGGCUUGGGCUGAAUACAUCGUGGAGUGGGCUGCAAAGGACCCAUAUGGCUUUCUAACUACAGUGAUUUUGGCCCUUACACCAUUGUUCGUAAUAAGUGCAGCACUUUCCUGGAAGCUUGCAAAAAUGAUUGAGGCCAGGGAGCGAGAGCAAAAGAAGAAACAAAAACGCCAAGAGAAUAUUGCAAAAGCCAAACGAACAAAGAAGGAUUAAAUGCGGGGGAAGGGGGAAGACCUUGUGCAACAAAUCCACCUUUAAGAUUAAACACUUGUACAUUUCGUUGUAACUGUUCUUUGAUACUUCAUCCUGUUACUUCUUAAGUAUAAAAUUUAAUUCCCUCAAUGUAGUUUUUCUGUGGAGAUGAUUUGUGUUAAACUUUGCCCAAGUGACUCCUGUUAGAAGCAGUUAAUCUACUUGCAUUCCAGUGCAAGUUGCUUUUCCAAAUUUGCACAGGUGGCUUUGGGGAUAGGAUUAUUUUUCUUCUUUGAGCUAUGAUUUAACAGGAAUCUUAAAAACUGAGAUUAUGGUGGAAAUGUGAAUUGCAAACUGGAAUACAGAAAGGCAAGUUAUGUUAUACCUUCAGCAAAGAUGCAGACAUAAACCAGCUACAGUUAUCUGAUUUCCUUGAAGGAUACAGCCCAUGGCGCUGGUGUCUGUUCUGCUGUGUGUCCAUAGGGGCUGCUGAAGCCUCUUUAGUGGUGGAGCUUGUCUGCAAAAAGUUAUCUUUUCCUCUUUUCUGAACUAGCAGCCAUCGUGUUUUAAUUCAGCCCAAACUCUAGGAAGCUGAAUUCUUGUUCUUGGUACCUUCAUAUAUAUUAAUCCCCUUGCAUUCUACAAAAUACACUACUAUAUUUGGUUUUCCCUAGUGAUCACCUGAAUACUCCACCUGUAAAUAAUUUGUCUCUCCCUUUAGGAACUUUUUUUAUUCUGUGAAAAACAGCCAUAAAUGGGUGAGACCAAAGGCCCAGGUAGACUAGUGUCCUGGCAAACUAUAGAGGUGGCUGUGGAGAAAACACGGUGCACAUGCUGGUGCCAGUAGUGCUUCCUAUCCUUUCGUCUACCCUUGAUUCAGGGCCUUCUGAGUUUAGGCAACAUCUUCAUUCUUCUGGCCUUUGAAACUCUGCUACCUUCCAGGCUGCAUAGUGGAAAAAAUCUGAGCAAGGUUUGUGUUGUAACUACAUCAAAAUGACUUAAUUCCAAUUCAUGUUUUUCUAACAAGUGAUUCAUUUUUCAAAGUCUAAUUUUUAUUAACAGUAUAGUUCUAAAGAGCUUGUGGCAUUUCUCAAGGUUUUUCAUAUUUGACUUCUAAGCAUUAACAGAGCUGUGCUUUGUAGCAGCUAGUCCUGUUUAAAAACAAAACCCUGAAACACUGUUGUUCAAAUGAGGAGACCUAUAGGACUAGUUGCUAGAUGGGAAGUGGAGUCUGAAAUAACUGAUAUUAGAUGUUGAUGUCCUUUCCCUUCUGUUGGUCAAAGCAGGCAUUAUUAGAAUAUGAGAUCUUGGCAUUUUGUAACUAUAUGGGGAUAAAUCUUCACGUUUUGUAUCAAGUAUUGUGAAAUGUGCUUGUGUUCCACCUUUGAUACCAUUGUAGCGUAAAACACAUGGAAGAGAACUGAUGAAAGAUGCAAUGCAUAAAUAAAUUUGAUACUUUUUUCCAAAAA